CCCAUCUCCUUUUCUGUCUCUGCUAAUUAAUAGAAUUCUGGUUUUGUGGAAAAUAUAGGAAGAAGGUGAAAGAAGAUGCCAGUGGCUCCUCCUAUAAGCACGAAAUGCAGUAAGAAAGAAGUGAACAGAGGAGCUUGGACAGAUGAAGAAGACCAAAAGCUUGCUCAAGUAGUUGAAAUUUAUGGUCCAAAGAGGUGGCAAGCAGUUGCAGCAAAAGCAGGUCUUAACAGAAGUGGAAAGAGUUGCAGAUUGAGAUGGUUGAAUUAUCUUAGGCCCAAUAUAAAGAGAGGCAACAUUUCGGACCAAGAGGAAGACUUGAUAUUACGGCUACAUAAACUGCUCGGAAACAGAUGGUCUUUGAUUGCUGGAAGACUACCAGGUCGAACCGAUAAUGAAAUCAAGAACUAUUGGAAUUCUCAUUUGAGCAAGAAAACGAAGCAAAAUGAGAAACAAACCAUAGGUUCAAGAAUGCAAGAACCGGUGCUUGAGAAUUGUAAGGUAAGUGAAUCCAAGAGAGAUGAAAACUCCACAGCUUGUUUCAUUAAUGGUGAUGAUAGCUUGUUCGAUUCUUAUAGCGAGGAGCCUCUGAACUUGGAGUGGACGAGUCAUUUCUUUGAAACGGAUGAGUUAUGGCUUAACUUAGCUUGAUAUUUUAUUUAGACUUUGUCCAUCUAUUUCAAUCCUUCAGUUUCAUUUCUGGUAGUAAUGUUGUUGACUAAGGGAUUCCUUUUCUUGGAUUAACAAAUUAUGAAAAAUGUCGCGAUGUUAAUGGCAGACUUGGACCUCGGAACUGUCUACUGAGUGAGAGAGUCGGCCAUUAAAAGACAUUGUAAAGUUGGAAAAGUAAAGCUGUAUGUUUGAUUAUUUCAUAAAUAUAAAAAAAGAAAGAAGACUU